AUGACCACAGAGACGACCCCUCGUCCCCAAACAAAAGCAUCAGCAGAAUCAACUACAGUUAACCAUCCACCACCCUCCCUCCCCAGUUCCCCUCUCCCAAAACGCGCAAAGAUAACAGACAUGGCCCCUGCCACGGAAUCCUUCACAGCCCCCGCGGCAGCCUAUUCAGAAACAGCCACCAGCACAAACCCCGCAGUCACCUCCCUCUCCCAAUUAACCCCGCCUCCCCUCAUGGUCAAGAAACUGGUAUCCACAGCCCGCGCACCAACUCGAGGUUCAGCUUUCGCGGCCGGAUAUGACCUGUACUGCGCAGCUCCGACGGUGAUUCCAGCUAAAGGAAAGGGCCUGGUUGAUACAGGACUUGCAAUUGCUGUCCCGGAGGGAACUUAUGGACGAAUAGCACCCCGUAGCGGCCUUGCGUCGAAACAUUUCAUCGAUACUGGUGCAGGUGUCAUUGAUGCUGAUUAUCGCGGGGAGGUGAAGGUCCUGCUCUUCAAUUUCUCGGAUGCGGAUUUUACCGUUAACGAAGGUGAUCGUAUUGCCCAACUGGUUCUCGAGAGGAUCUACAAUCCUGAAGUCCUGGAAGUGGAAGAACUGGAAGAGAGUGUCCGUGGCGUUGGAGGCUUUGGAAGCACAGGAUAA